AUGCACGAUACUGCUUCCUUGCUUCCUUUACGCUCCUACCUAAGUCCUUUAUAUACCGAUCCGUUAGGUUUAGCGCUCGGAGCAAAGCUCUUAAUAUACGAGUUACGAAGUCGGAGACUAUUAAAAAUUGUCGUUAAAGAGACGCUCGAAUUUUUCGACGAGCGCUUUAGCGAAGACGAGUUCUUCGUUAUAUAUAUAGCUUUAAGGUGGUAUCGCGCUCUGUGCUCGGAGGUAGCUGCGGCCACUCGAGCCGACAAGAAGCUUACCCUCGUAGAGGCAUACGACAGCUACCCGGUAGUGCGCUCCGACUUCGCGGUAGUUAUACCGAGGAAGACUAGCGCUAGCGACAAGGGUCGCAAGAGAAAGAACCUCGCUAGCGCUAAGCGCGCUAAGAAGAAGCUAAUAGUCCUUCCGCCUCUAAAGGCAUAG